GAUAUGACAUGGGGAGAUUCCCUUGUGCGGAAUUCAACUUGACUGCGGGGACAAACCGACAUGGACAAGGAACAUAUGAGGCAUCGUAUCAACUUGACGUAACAGUAUUAUAAGUGCUGGCGCCAGAACCAAGACAAAGGAAAGAACAUGGAGGUUCCAGGAAGUGAGAUUCCAGUGGACGCUGGACGAGAUAAUUACAACUUUGGUCUGCUUCCAGAGGUAGCUUGGGUUCAAGUUAUGCAGUACCUACAGCUGAAGGACAGAUACAGCUUGUCAUUGACUUGUCAGUCACUGUAUCAACACUUCUAUCACCCAUCACUGUGGAGCACCGUCAAUGUCAAUCUGAAGGGCGGGGCCACCAACUUCUCUCUCAGUAACACUUACAUCCCAAACAGCCUGGUCCAGAUGAUUGACAAGUUUGGCCAUCUCUUUCAGAAACUCACCAUCAAAAUAUUUGGUCAUGUGAGCACUUUUGAUGAUGACAGUCGUCUAAUUUUGACAAAACUAAGCGAAGUCUGUCGUCUGGAGAGCCUGACACUCGAAGCCGGGAAGUUGAUCACCCAGUUUGAUAUAGGUGGAUUCCCGCCAUUUAAGUCUGAUAUUCAAAUUUUCAUAAAUUUUAUCAAUAAUGCUUUUAGAUUGAAACAACUGAAUAUCAAAUCAUGGCCGAUGUAUCCAGCGUUGUUCACUCAAAAUAACCUCAAUAUUUUCAAUGCCAUUGUCAAGAAUGAAAAACUGAAGGACCUAGAAUCUUUGAGUCUGUUUUGGAGAGACGACAGUGCAUGGUCUGAGCGAGAGCCUCUUUUACCAUCUCCUUUAUUUCUGAUGACGUUUCUACCAGAUCUGAAGAAGCUGACCCAUCUUGCAGUGAGAUCUCCCAUGUUGAGCGAGGAAAUUCUAACCAUGCUCUCCUCUCCAGACAGAUGCAAACUCAAACUGCUACAGAUAUAUGUUACAUAUUCAGCCUUCAACCAUGCCUUUCAGAUACCAGACAUAUCAUCAGACAUCUGGAAGACAUUGGCAUUGGCAAGUCCGGAACUUGAGGUUGAGUGUUCUGUAAUGUCCCAGGUUCCGAACACAGAACUGUCUCUCCUCCUUUGUCCUGAUAUGCCACUGAAGUCUGUCUCCUUUCUUCGAUACUCAAGAUGUAAUGGGCAGAUCAUUGGCUCCAUCACGGACAAAUUUGCGUCGUCUCUCAAACAUUUCAUCUGUUAUGCCGACACCUCUGAUGUAGACGUUGAGCUAAGAUACCUGGUGACCAAGUGUUCCUGUCUGAGGACUCUGGUGUUCCAUGGGAACAUCAAAUGUUCCACAGUUGUAACUAUAGCAAUGCAGAAAUCAGGACAGUGGAAAAAGUUGGAGUUUGUGGAAAAGAAUCUUGACACAUUUGAUGAGGAGGGUGAUGAUGAGGAUAGGGAUGAAGCCAUCAGAAAGAAUGAGGCUGGGGAGUACAUACUGGUUGGUCUACAUAGAUUCCAUCGCCAUGACGACAACAGGGAGGAGACAAUCGAGCAAAUGAGUUCCGUGGUAUCAGGAGUGAUGGGGUAUAAGUGGACAACUGUGUAAAUCAGAGACUCUCUGAAAUGCCUUUAAUUACUUAGUUGACCCAAGUCUUGUUGAAAUCCAAGGGAAGAAAUAUGACAAUGACAUUUGAGAUAUUUUGUCCUCAAAAUAACAACUG